AUGCUGGCUACGGUUGAUCAAGUCGUAAACAGGACAUUCGACUACAUCAUCUGCGGGGGUGGGACGGCGGGAUUGACCCUUGCUGCACGCUUGAGCGAAGACCCAAAUAUUUCGGUGCUCGUGCUGGAAGCAGGCGCAGCCAAUAUCGGCUAUCCAUCUGUCUUGGAUCCGGGCCUGUAUCUCACAAACUUCACAAAUGCCGAUUUAUGUUGGUUUCACACAACGACAGAACAAGAGAACGCUGCCAGCCGUCAAAUACGCUGGUUGAGAGGAAAGGGACUUGGCGGAAGUUCACAAAUCAACUUCCUCGGGUGGCUCAAGCCUCCUGCAGAUGAGAUUGACGCUUUCGAGAGACUCGGUAAUCCGGGAUGGAACUGGAAAAAUUACCAGAUGGCUUCGGAGCGAGUCGAAGGAUUCGCAAUUCCUGGCUAUUCAGCAUCUGACAUCGAUGAUACAAUUUUCGAGAAUGUAAAGUUGGGCGUAGAAGGGCCAGUAAAGAUAACAUAUCCGACUACCAUGGAAGAAGCGCUGGUGAAAGUUUGGAAGACAUUCCUGAAAGCCGGGCUUCCUGUUUCUUCUCGGCCAACGAGUGGAAAUGCCUACUAUCUUCCAAAUAGGGAUCGUAAGAACCUCAAUGUCCUUGUGGGCGCUGAGGUGGGCCGUAUAAUUCCUGAGAAACGUGCCGGGGGCAGUUUAACAGCAACGGGGGUGGAAUUCACCCACACUGGUCAAACAUUCUCCGCUUAUGCGCACAGGGAAGUCAUUGUAUCGGCAGGGGCGCUGAAGACUCCACAAAUCCUCGAGUUGUCUGGUAUCGGCCGGAAGGACGUACUGGAAAGCAUUGGUGUACCAGUUAAGGUAGAGCUUCCGGGUGUCGGGGAGAAUGCCCAAGACCAUGUAUCGAUGGGUGUGACAUGGGAACUACGUGACGGCAAAUCCUCAGAUACCAUUGAUCUUCUGCGGAACACCGACUUAUCUGUUGAUCAACUCCACUACGGAGCACCUCAAGCCAAGCAUACUUCUGUACGGGCUGCGCCCGUUGCUCUUGCCCCUUUGCAACUUAUAUCAGACAAAGCGGAUAUAUUGGUGGAAGUUGCGCAGACUCAUUUUUCCAACGCCGCGUACAAAGAUAGUCCGGGCCUUCACGAACAGUACGAGAUUCAGCUCGAGCGGAUGCGUGGCGGUGCCGCAAGCCACGAAUUCGCUAGUGUUUUGGGCCACUUGUCGACACCGAAUCCUCCUCUUGACGGAAAGCGAUACAGAACACAGCUAGUAAUUAACAAUAAUUGCUUUUCUCGCGGGUCAAUUCAUUGCAGGUCUGCUAACCCCAAAGAUGACCCAACAUUCGAUGGUGGCUACUUCAAUGAGUCUAUUGACCUUGAUAUCAUGGUGGAGAUGGUGAAAUUCGUAAGGGGAAUUGCUAAAAAAUCUCCUUGGAACGACAUGAUUGUCGAGGAAUCGAACCCGGGACCUGGCAUUAAAACGGACCAGCAGAUUCGUGGGAAAAUUGUAGAUCCGCAUUUCGUGUAUGGUACCACUAACAUCCGCGUAGUCGACCUCUCGAUUGUACCCCUGCAUUUUGCGGCACAUCCGCUAGCGACUGUGUAUGCGAUAGCGGAACAGGGUAAGUCACCCGAUCUUUGA